AUGGAUAACCAUUUUGCGAAUUUAUCGGGCGGAAAUAACAUCACUCACUCAAAUGCUGGCACUGAUCGCGGGCAGACCUUUGGCGAUUUCGAAUGUAUAAUAAUGCGAUUUCUCUUUGUUUUUACUGGGUCUGUUGGCCUGCUGGAGAACAUUGUCGUUGUUACAAUUAUCCUACACAGCAGAAUUAUGCUCGAUUUUCCAUCCAAUUGGUUCGUCCUCAGUUUGGCCAUAGCCGAUGCAAUUUUUUGCUUUGCAGCGAUUCCAUUGAUAAAUGCCCUAUGUUUAGGAGCGUCCUAUAUCAUCCUAAUUGGUGUGGUCGCUCAGUUUGUCACCAUUGCCAGCGCUGGAAAUUUAUUCAUCUUGACAUUCAACAGAUUUCUUUCCGUGUAUAACUCGUUAAGAUAUCCUGGCUUAAUGACCUACCGCAGAGCAAAGUGUUUGGUCGUAAUUCCUUGGGGAAUCGCUUUUCUCAUGUCGGUUCUUGUCGGAAUUUCAGUUCAAGCAGGAAGUCAGGAUAUAGCCUAUCUCCACUCAUCGUAUUAUACAACACUGAUCAUACUAACCAUUGGACUCAACGUAUAUAUGUUCAAGCUUGCAAGAAGCAAACGUAGAGUGACUGUACAGCAGCAAAGUGCAGUUCUGGCGCCCGGAGAUAAAUUACUUAGAAAAGAAUUCCGCUUGUUGAUUCGUCUGCUCGUCGUAACGCUGACAUUUUUUGGGGCUUGUAUACCAACAAUGGUCUUGAUGUAUCUCUACCCAACUGCGCCCUCUCGUCAGACGCGUUCAUUUCAACGUAAAAGUAUUUGGUGUUUAUUUGCCCUUUUAUUUAAUGCUGUUAUGAAUCCCCUGAUAUACUCGAGCAAUCAUCCGAUAUUUAAACGAUAUUUCAACAAGGUACGAAAUCGGAUUUUGCCUCAAUGCUCCAUAGCUCCACUGAACACGUAG